AUGGGUAUUUCUCGUUCAUCUUCGAUUGUUCUCGCGUAUCUAUUGAGAUAUCAUCAUAAUUCGUUGGCUGAAGCAUAUGAUUAUUUGGUUGAACGACGUCGUUUUGCUGCCCCUAAUCAUGCUUUUUUCUUACAAUUGAUUCGGUAUGAGCAUAAACUGCGUGAGAAAAAUGAAGGCAACGAAAAACGAAAUUCGACCAAAAGCAACUGA